UUAGAAAAGAAGGGUCAUAUGCCAGAUGCUUAUCUUACAAUACUUUUCGAUUAUUAAGAUAUGAUGCAUAAGAAAGUCUGAGAGACUUUUGGCUUUUCUUUGAGUUUUGCCUACGGUAGGACAUUUUUAAAAAUCAUAAUCUGUGUGGAAGAGGGUUAAGAAUCUCUUUGAUGGACCUCAUCGUAGUUCUUAAAGGUGGGGUUGGGGGGGUGGGGGUUUUGAUUAAAUAGCGGUCAUCCAGAUUUGAUCAAAGCAAAUACAUAGCAAAGAAAUAUGAAUAUAGUCAAUGAAAUUGCGGAAUAAUAAAGUGACAUCUGCCGGAAAUGUUUUGAGAACCACAGGUUUAAGUUUUGAAAGAAAAAUGUAUCGCUCAUUGUUUGCUUAAAACCUCGUAAUUUUAUUUGUUUAAAAUAUUAUCGAAUAAUAAAGAAAAAAUGCUUGAUCAAUGGUAUGAAACACGGAAGGUGACCAUUUCAUUACAGAAAGGUCGUGUCGACAUCCAAUCAAGCUGCAAUGGCACGACAAACUCUGACUGUAAACGCAUUGGAUCUAACACUGUCGAAAUAACAUUCAGUGUGGAGGCGUCCUUAGACUUGAAUAGCGCAAUAGUACGAGCAGUUUGACUAAAUCCAGAUUCGAAAAUAACACCAAGUGAGGAGCACACCUUCCCUGAGAUAUCAGGUGAAGUACAAGACAAUUUGUCAUUUCUAGAUUUUAAAUCUUAAAUAUAAUUUUCAUCAUUAAAAAUUACUACAUUUUGUUGUCAAAUAUAAAGUAACCGAAUAAAGUGGAUAUAAUGAUUUGGUCAUUGUCACUACAUUGUGGAGAUUCUUUGUGUCCAGAAAUAAUUUAAGAUCAUCAAAAUCAGCAAAAAUUAUCCAAAGAAUUAAAAAUUAACAGCAAUUGUAAAUACUGAAGAUUAUUAAAAAUCUUGCUAAGAAGUUUUAGGUUCUUACUAAUAUAUGUAUCUUUUGGAGUCUACCAACAGCAGUUAUAAGUUGUUACAAAUCUAUGUAUCUUUCAGAGUCUACCAACAGCAGUUAUAAGUUGUUACAAAUCUAUGUAUCUUUCAGAGUCUACCAACAGCAGUUAUAAGUUGUUACAAAUCUAUGUAUCUUUCAGAGUCUACCAACAGCAGCUAUCAGAUGUUUUACAAUGGACAAGAAUUCACAGAUGCAAACCUCAGCCAUGUGUUUGAUGUGAGGGGAAAUAACUUAGAGUUUACUUUUCACUGCAAAAGUCAAGCCGAUCCAUGUUUGAUUGUGAUGUUGGAUGAUACGAUGAACAUUGUCCGUGGAAAAGAUGUAGCAGUCUACUCAAGAAUAUUAAAGAACGAGAAGGAAAUUAAGUGACAGUAAAAUAUGCUGCAUGUACCUUGGAGGGACAUUAUCUUGAGAAAACCCUUACUUUCAAAAAAGGUGAAAGAAAUGUUUCAUGUGAAAAGAUUUACUUUCAAUACAGGUCAGAGAAAUAUUUCUCCCUAAAACCUUUACUUUCAAUACAGGUCAGAGAAAUGUUUCUCCCUAAAACCUUUACUCUCAAUACAGUUCAGAGUGAUGUUUCUUUAGAAAACCUGUGCAGGGAAUAUAAUUGGGUCAAAACCUUUGCUUCAAAUAGAAGGAUAAACUAUUAAAUAGAUAUUGUCAAAAGGGAAAUUUAACUAGUUAUACUUGACACAAUCUGAACUGACUUGAAUGAACUUUAAUUUUUAUAGGAUAUCGCAUGUCAUAAAUUUAUUUAAAUUUAGUAAAAAUAUUCCUUAAAUUGCUAAAAUUUAAAUACAUAUUUAUUAUAAUCGGCAUUUGGAUACAUCUAUUUAUUUUAUAAUAAUGGCAUUUCUCAAAUAAGUGUAACAAAAUAUGGACGUUUAAGCUAUCCUUCAGAUAGAGAAAUUCGUCUUCAUCCAUUAGAUAUUAACGAAAAUAAACUUUUUUUUUCUUCAAAGUAUUUUUUGUUUUGUCUUUUUCAAAGAUUUAAAAUUGUCUGAUGAAAUCAGCUUCAAUACUGAUUUUUAUGUUUCCAAACUAAUUGGAGUGUCCUCAGCUACAAUUCUAGUUAUUUUUGCAUUGUGGUAAGUUCUGUUGUUAAAACCAAUGUUAAUUAAAAAGUGGUUCUGAUCAUUGCUAAUAAUAAUAAAACUUGCAACAAUUAUCAGCACCUCCGACUUUGUCUAAACGUAUCCCAUCAAUUGACAUCGCAUUUAUUUAAAGUAAUUAAAUAAAAAAUAUCGAAUUUAGAAUCAACAUAAAAUGUGACGUGUUUUUUUAUUAAUGGAUCUCAAAAUGUGCAAAUAAUGUCAUGUUAUUGAAAGUCAAUAUUUGUUGCACUUUUCUCUCUUUCCAAAUUUCAAACUCACUGUACUGAAAAAUCUGAUGUGUUAGUUCAAUAAUUGACUUAAAAUGUAUUUUUUUUUAAUUUAAGGUGCUCUUCUGUUAUGAAGUAGAUUUAUGAAAGGAAAGAACUCUAAACACUUUUGUUGUAUUUCCCUUUAGCUAUGUCAAUAAAAAGUUCAAGAUUUUGAAAACUCCGGUAAGUUAAGAAAAAGUGUAAAGAAUCUUAUUCAUUAUAUUUUCUUUGUUAUGACUUUAUACGAUUUAAAAUAAAUAUAAAACGGUUCGUUGUAAAAAAAUUUUUAAAUCGUAUCACGAAUUAUUUAGUGGCAGUGAUUCAACUGAGUUAUGGUAUCAUGUCAUGUUAAAACAAAUAAAACAUUAAGCCCAAUACCAUUUGGGAGGACAGUACUUUUGAGAUUGAGGUUAUUAUUUUUUUUUUUUAUCAAAGAAACAUUUUUUUUAACAUAUUAGAUAACAGAAAGUAACAAUUUCUGCUUUCAAUUUCUUUUAAAACAAAUAAACUUGUAACAGAGCAGUUCUUAGGAGUUUGUGGGCCCUAAGCAUGGAGCGUAGGUUGGGGGCCCCGGAAGGGGGGGUCCGAGGGUGGAGCUCCCUCGAACUGAGGAGAAAACACCACCCACCACUGCGGCACCUCCAUUCUGCCUUCAUCAAUGUUUCCUCUUUGCUCGCGUGUAACCACUAACCCUAUUAAUAAUUCCGCCACUAGAGAAAAUGUGUUCUUCUGAAAUAUAUGGACAUGCAGGUGGCAGUGGGGCCCUAGGCGGUUGCCUAGUUUGCCUAUAUGCCUAAGGAGGCACUUAUUUCCCCAAAGCUCCCCCCUGCUGCUUCCCUUCCCCUGCCUCCGCAUUCAACUCAGAAUGAUAAAUUUCAGGAUGAGGAAGGUAACGUGAGUGACACAGACGGCUGCAGUGCCGGUUAAAAGAAAAAAAACUGGGGGAUCGAGGGCGCCUCACGGGGGCCCCCUCACGUUCGGGGCCCUACGCGGAUGCGUAAUUAGCGUAUGCCUAAGAACGGGCCUGAUCGUAAAUAUGUCUCUAUAAUUCAGACAUCCUGUCGUCAUGUGAAGUUUUUUGCUUCAGGUACCAGCCUAAACAACUCAUCUUUCUCUAACAUUAUUUUUUUCUAAGAACUAUUUGUAAGGUGGGUUUAUAUCGCGCAAAUAUUCAAGAAAGUUUUAUGCGGGAAGUUCUAAGGGUUUCUUCCUUGGUUCAUCAGAGCAUCUCGUUUAUAAAGUCAUUAAAUUCACUAUUGACGCUUAUCGACUCUCGAGGCUGAUGCACUGUGAGCACUUCCAGCAUCAUUACACGAUCUAUGAUCCACCCAGGAGAUCUACACUCAAGCCAUUCUCGAGGCUUAUGUUAAACACUUCAUACGGCCAGCUGCCCGAAUCCCUAUUUGAGACAAUUGCAAUUUGCGACCAUUUUAGCGAGAGUGCAUUCCCUAUACGGGGAUGCAAUGGUAGCUGUACCCACUAUGCCCAGGAAAAUGUUACAGAAAUAAAAUAAAAAUAUGCGUGCCAGUAUCAAUAUAAAUUGAAAGCAAUUUAAUUUUUAACAUGGCAUAUAAUCAUGAAACAUUUUGAAUUGUGCAGAACAUGUGUGCAGUGAGACGAAACCAUGUAGAACAUGAUGGAAAGCUACGUGAACUUGAUCAGCGUAAGUAUUUCUUUUUGUAAGUGGCAUUGAUUAAGUUAGUUUGUAUAAAGUUAUUUACAUGGUUGGAGUCGCUCAGAAAAAUGACAACGAUUUAAUCUGUCAUCACUGUGACAAGGUUGUUAGUGGACAAAUGCCGGCACUGAUACAUUUAAAAUGAUGAAGAGAACAAUAUGUAACUAAUUGUAACGACAUUCAUUUUUAAAUCUAAAACUCAAGCAAUGUUUUUAAUUUAUCAAUCAACACAAAGUGAAAACUAAUAGUGGAAAAAAGAAUCUAUUAGUCCUACUUUCAAUAAAGACGCUAACUACAACGAUGGCGAAUAAAUGUGGGUAACGUCUAUAAAAUUGCGUUACAAUAUAAAAGAUUCCGAAGAUUGUCCGGUGGACCAGAUUGAUUAUAAGGGGACCGGCAAUACACUUCUCAGUGUUGUUGAUAUUAAUCUGGUAAGAUACUUCUCACCGUUGGAGACUUUAUCUGGCAACACAUUUCUAAGUGUUGGUGACAUCUGGUAAUACGCUUCUCACAGCUAGUGACAUCAUUCACUAAACACAAACCAUCUAACAUUUUAAACUACUGUUAUGAAGAUAUUUCAUUUCUUCUUUAUCAGUGUGUUCAUCAAAUACAAGCAGUGAACAUCCUAUCAAGAGGGAAAUGUUUAAAGAAACAGGUAAAAUAAUGUACAGAUUCAUUUUUAUGACAUCUGUAAUCCUAUUUCAAUCUUUGAAACCAUUUGGACAAUUUCAUGCAUUUUAUCAUUUAAUUCACUAUUAAAGGCAUACCUUAAAACGAUUUGUCCUCAACCCUGAUAUUUGCGACAAGGGGGAUUGGCCCUCUAAUCCCCCCCCCUUAGCAAGGCAUUGGCUAUAUAUAGGGAUAGGGGUCUCAGUGAAUUACUGUGUCCAGGAAUUCCGCUGCUUUUAAUGACGCCCCUGUAUUUUAAUGUCAUGGUUAUGUCUCUUUUGAUAAUAUUUUUAUAUACAGCGCGGUGAGCCAAGCCCUAGGCUAGGGUACCACGCUAUAUAAGACCACUUAUUAUUAUUAUUAUUAUACGUUACUAAGCCACGAUUGCCUUUGCUCAGUAACUCAAGAUCAUCGAUAAUAAAACACCGAAAAAACAAAUAUAAUAUGUAUUGUAUUUUUUUUUUAAUUCAGAGAUAACAAUACAUAUCUUUGUUAAUAUUAAAGUUGAAAACAUUAGAAAACAGAGACGAGACUCCACAUUUCAAGCUCAUACUUGUUUGAUGUUAGGUGACAAAACAAAUUAUGAUGAUUCUCAUUUAAAUGGUUGCUGUAAAUAAAAAAAAGAUUGGGUUGGUUUUGUUUGGUAAGGGAAUUACACAGAUGAUCCUAUUUUUGUAUUGUUGAAUUCAACAGUACUACAAUUUAGUACACAUCUUAUUCUAACAGUGAUAUAUUUAUCCGUCUGAGUCAAUAAAAUUUAUGAUUAAAAAUAAUUUAUAUAUUUAUACUGUGAGAGAUCAUUGUUAAGAUGGACAUACCAACAAUAUAUUUCGUUGAAUAUAAAGUUGCUCGUAACAAUGGUGCUGCAGUGUGUUGACAACAAAUGCUCAAAUUUAAUUGUUAUCUUCUCUGAGAGUUGGUGAAUACAUAGUAUAGUGCUUCUUAUAACUGUUCUAAUAACUGUUCUAAUAACUGUUCUAAUAACUGUUCUAAUAACUGUUCUAAUAAAUUUUCUAAGAACUGUUCUAAUAACUGUUCUAAUAACUGUUCUAAUAACUGUUCUAAUAACUGUUCUAAUAACUGUUCUAAUAACUGUUCUAAUAAGACAAGAUUAUUGACAAGAUUAUUGACAAGAUUAUUGACAACUAAUAACUGUUCUAAUAACUGUUCUAAUAACUGUUCUAAUAACUGUUCUAAUAACUGUUCUAAUAACUGUUCUAAUAACUGUUCUUAUAACUGUUCUUCUAACUGUUCUUAUUCCUAUAACUGACCUUUUAAAUGCUCUUAUAACUGUUAUCAUAUCUGUUCAUAUAACUGUUCUUAUUACUUUUCUUAUAACUAUUCAUAUAACUGUUAUUAAUAUAAGAUUUGUGAGUAUCAAUCCUUGGAGCUUAUUUGGCUUCAAAUCUAGUUUAGACUCUAAAAAAAAUGAUAGUUAAAACAAAUAAUAUAAAGCUAAUAUGGCCUGUACUAAACUUAAUAAUCCAUGUCUAUAUUAUUACAGUGAAUGAAGUAGAGAGCUUGUUUAAGAAAAAACAAAAUUAAGAUGACGUCAUUAAUAGUUCACUGUUAUGGUGACAGAGAGCAGAGGCGGUGAUAUCGUGGUAGGCGUGAUGUUCCCUGGUGAGACCGAGAAAACGCCCAUGGUGAUCAUUAUUGCUGAUACAACUGGACGUUACCUCACUGUCGCUGAGGUAUUUGUCUAAGUUCAUUUUUCUAUUUGUAAUUUUUUUUCGACAAGUUUUUAUUAUAACUAGCUUUGAUGAGAUUCAUUGGAAUGCCAGAUAUGAAAACAUUUUGGUUACAUUGUAACCUAAAUAGUGUUUACAAAAAUAGAUCACAACAUUCCUCAAAAUUAGAAGAUGGUCAAAGAUUAGUGGAAUAUACUUCAUUGAUCAGCUUGUUAAAUUUAAUUAAUUUUUUAAAAUGUUUAUCAACCAGGUCAAGAACCAAAUAUUGGAACACAAAUACAUACACGACCCUGAGAACUACGAACUUUUCAGUGAGAUUGAAACGUGUGACAGAGAGAAACUGGAAGACAACAAUAAGAUUGAUGUCUACAUGAAAUAUCUAACAGAGAAUUCCAGCAGCUUGCGUUUGUCCGUCUCGAGUUAAGCCCCAUUUCAUGACGUUGAUACAAGUGCGCAUAACAUGUCUUGCAGGUGACAUGAAGCGUCCAGUAUCUAUCACACGCGUGUUAAAGAUUGAUGAUACAAAGUCACAGAAGCUAAAGUCAUGGCAUUGGACUUUUUAACUUAAAG